AUGAUGCAGCUAAACAGAAUAAACGAGGCAGCUGAUAUCCUCAACGAGAGGGCUUUUCUGCCAAACAAGGACCCAGCAAAACUAACCACGCUGUUUAAGAGAACAAUCACGCUCUUUUUGUUCUGUCUGAUGUUUCUGAUCAACAUCGGGCUCUUGCUUUACUGGGCAAGCUACGCGAACGGAAGCAUGUCGGAGAUCUACCGGUUUCUGGAGAGACUGGAGCUUCCCCGGCUGCUCGACGCUAUGAAGAGCGGGCAGAAGCUGACAAUGUUUGUGCUUCUGGAGGGGGCUCUUUACAUGUACGUUAGUGGCACUUUGGCUUUUAUGCAACUUCUGUAUACAAGGCGAAUAAUAAUAGCAAAAACAGUGGGGAAGGUCAUUUUGUUGAGCUUUGCGACGUUGGUGGGUAUGCUUGCUUUCUUCUUUGGAAUAUGCAUGUUCCUAGACGAAAUGGAGUUUGAGAGAAGGCUAUUGCUUAGCACAAUAGGCGGGGUGCUUUCUUUCGUAAUUGGGUGGGCUACAAGAGAAAAGAUAGUUCACUUCUUUGUGCCGGUCAAAUCCAGCGUUCUUUUGCUAGACACGCCGUACAUAGUUAGCCAGCGGCCAAACGUAGAUGAGGAUGGAAACAACCAAGAAAAUGAGUACCAGAGUGUGUAUGAGAGCGAGAUACAAAAGUAUUCGAGCAACCGCCAGGAGACAGCCGGCAAAAAUGGUCGCGUCGCCCAGACCAAGCUCUCUAAGUUUACAGAUCUUGUGAAACAGCGAGGCGUGAGCGCGGAGAGGAUAAAGUACAUUAUGCCGUUUGUUUUGGCGGCGUGGGCGAUCCUUGUGACCUUUCCAUUCAGCGGAAUAGUGUUCUUCUUGGACAGCAGCAUAAUAGACUGGUUUGUGGAUGCGUUCACAAACAUAAGCAUUAGGAUGGGCGGCAUAAGCGUGGGCGAGUAUGCUAUUAUUACCGCAAGCGCGUUAGGGGUAGCACACGCAUAUGCAGCGUUUGUUCAGAUCUGCUCCUUCUUUUUGGGGUCGAUUGUGGGCGAGAUCCGGUGCGGGAAGAGUUUGUCACAGGCUUUUCUGGACAGCAUGGUGAAAACCCUGCUUGAGUCUAUUGAAAUAGCGGUGGAGUCGUUCUACAGAGUUGCUAGCAGCAUGGCCGCUUUCCUGUCCUCCAUAUUGAUAAAGAUGAUGGCGGCAGUUGGAGUUGCUGUUUUCAAGAGAAAGCCGAUACAUCUGUUAGCGCCUAUCUGGGAGGGCGUUUGCUCGAUAACUUUUGUGUUCUUCGGGUUCAUCACCGGGAUUUCAAACUCGUUUAUGUAUUUUAAGCUGGGAAUGUAUCCGCUGGAGUAUCUUCGGACAGGAAACAGAGAGGCCUUCUUCAGCAGCCAAAAGACCAUGUCCACGUCGCUUUAUGCGACUCUUGUCUUUUUCGCCACUCUUUCUCUGGCCAUUGUUGUGGCCUUUGUUAUCAUGCACAUGAUAGACCGAGUAAACAAAAGGCUGGGAACCGAAACCCAAAUGCUGGAAAAGCCAGUCAUGGGAAAACCACUAAGAACGUGGGCAAUCACCUUGCAAACCACAGUGACUGUGUGCAUUGUGUUCACUCUCGCCAUUAUCUACUCGUUUGUUGCCCGGCAUGACUUUGCCAUAGACAUGGCUAUAGACGACAUUAUUAGGCAUGCUCCUGCAUAA